UCUACACUGGAGUGACAGAUCCUUUCCUGUGGCCACUGAUUGUACUCUGCAUCUCCACCUCCUCCUCACAUUGACCCAGUCUUUGGAGCGGAAAGUGUUGCAGCUCCCGUGCUCCCAAGUCCCAGGCUGGUGACGUUGAUCCAACCUCUGCCCCGCGACCCGUGAGUCGAUGCCCUGUUUCUGCACUGUUCUGGACCAGGUACUCGGGCUGCUGUUCAAAUGAUGGUUGGGACACAGUCCCAAGAUGCCCAACAAACACAAGUCUCUUUGCCUUCUUCUCGAAAAUUUUACAGGAAGAGAGUUUAAUUUCCUUCCCCUACUGAUGUGGUCAGUGUGAUGGGGAGAUUAUACAGAGUAUAAAAUCUGCGGCUUAAAGUGUCAGCUGACACACAAAAGGGUGAAGUGUGGAGAGAAUGGGUCUCGGCAACAUCAGCAGCUGCCUGCCUCUUCUGGUUAUCUUGUGCUGCAGUGUUUGCAGAAUCGUUCUGUCCCAAGCUAAGAAGUGUCCAGCAGGUUAUCAAGUCGAUCCAAGUGACAAAAAUAAAUGUAUCGAUAUCGAUGAAUGUGAACAGUCUCCAUGUGAGCCUCGCAAACGUUGCGUGAACACACCUAGUUCCUACUGGUGUGAAUGCAAGGAUGGGUAUACACAAUCAAAUCAGGACUGUCAAGAUAUCGAUGAAUGUGCUUCCUCUCUGUGCGCCCAUGAAGCAACUUGUCAGAACACAGAUGGUUCCUUCCAGUGUAUCUGCAGCGAAGGCUUUAAUUCGUCUGAGAAGGCCGGCUCCAAUGGCAGGAGGACCUGUGAGGAUAUCGACGAGUGUAAAUCCUCGCCCUGUCACAAAGACGCAACUUGUAGCAACUCAGUUGGUUCCUAUCAGUGCGACUGCAACACAGGCUUUCAGGCAUCACCUGCGACCGCCACCCUCACUGCAGGGAAGGUCUGUGAAGAUAUCGACGAGUGUAAAUCCUCGCCCUGUCCACAUCGCACAACUUGUAACAACACAUUGGGUUCCUACCAGUGCAACUGCAUCGCAGGGUUUCAGGCAUCACCUGCAACCGCCAGCCUCACUGCAGGGAAGGUCUGUGAAGAUAUCGACGAGUGUAAAUCCUCGCCCUGUGACAAACAUGCAACUUGUAACAACUCAGUCGGUUCCUACCAGUGCAACUGCAUCGCAGGGUUUCAGGCAUCACCUGCGACCGCCAGCCUCACUGCAGGGAAGGUCUGUGAAGAUAUCGACGAAUGCAAAUCUUCGCCCUGUUCACAACAUGCAACAUGUAACAACAUAUUGGGUUCCUACCAGUGCAACUGCAUCGCAGGGUUUCAGGCAUCUCCUGCAACCGCCACCCUCACUGCAGGGAAGGUCUGUGAAGAUAUCGACGAGUGUAAAUCCUCGCCCUGUGACAAUCAUGCAACUUGUACCAACACAAAUGGUUCCUACCAGUGCAACUGCAUCGCAGGUUUUAAGGCAUCUUCUGCGACCACCAGCCUCACUGCAGGGAAGGUCUGUGAAGAUAUCGACGAAUGUAAAUCUUCGCCCUGUAAACAAAAUGCAAUUUGUAACAACACAUUGGGUUCCUACCAGUGCAACUGCAUCACAGGGUUUCAGGCAUCUCCUGCGACUGCCACCCUCACUGCAGGGAAGGUCUGUGAAGAUAUCGAUGAGUGUGAAUCCUCGUCCUGUGACAGUCAUGCAACUUGUAAGAACACAUUCGGUUCCUACCAGUGUAUCUGCAAUGUGGGGUUGAAGUUAUCAUCUGAGAUCAGCGUCACUGGCGGCAGAACCUGUGAUGAUGUGGAUGAAUGUGCGAAUGAAACCGUGUGCCCCAUCGACACGACUUGUCGCAACACCUUUGGGAGUUUUUACUGUGUCUGUGAAGCAGGACAUCCCCCAGCACCGGGAGACACUCACCAGGCCUGUAGAGUGGAUCCGCUUGACUGUCCCGGCUCUGAAAAGCAGAAUUCCACAAUGUUGCAGUGCGAUCCGAAUCAUUCAUGGAACUCACAGCAGUUAAAUUCUGCAAAGGAUAUGCUGAAGUUAGCUGAUUGCUACCGUGAUAAAGUCUGUCAGAAUUUCAGUGGGAAAAAUGAUACCAAGGUAAUGACGGCGUUUGUAAACAACAUUCUUAAUAGCUCGAGGCUGGACACCAUGAAGACCGCUGAAAGGCUGAAGGUAGCAACGGCCACGUUGGACCUCCUGGAGAACAUGGCAAUGGCGAUUGCUCUGACUCUACCCAAUUCAACAGAAGAGACUAUAAAAACAGACUCUUUCGUUCUUAAGGUCAAGGUGCCUGGAGGGAAAAAUAUGAGUGCGAACGAAUUGGUGAAAGUAGAAGCUCAGAAUAAUUCCAUGGAGAUCUUCUGGGGAACAAUCGCUGGAGGAAAUAACACCGAAUUUGUGGCUGUUUCCUUACUUGUAUUCAACGACAUGGAAUCCCUGUUGAACAAAGAGAUUGAAAGAGACCAGCAGGAAACUGUCCCAUUAAACUCCAAGGUGGUCUCUGCCACGAUCAGCAACAAAGCAGUCAGCUCGAAGCUGAAGGAAAUGGUCAAUGUCACUCUGAAAUUCAACCAGGAAAUGGAAAACAAGAUGAAGGAGCCAGAAUGUGUCUUUUGGAGGAAAACCAAAGAGGGAAAUGUCUGGUCCCCUGAGGGUUGUAAACCGAUUGUUUACAAUCAGACCCACGUAACCUGCCAAUGUGACCAUCUGACAAGCUUCGCUGUGUUAAUGGCACCAGUUAAGAUCGAGUACGGAGGGCACUUGGAUGUGAUCACCUACAUCGGCCUCACCAUCUCCCUGCUGUGUCUCGCCGCCUCCAUCGCCAUAUUCAUCAACUGCACAUCCAUCCAGAAUGCCAACACCACUGUCCACAAGCACCUGAGUCUCACCCUCUUCCUGGCACAGUUCAUCUUCCUGAUAGGAAUGCAGAUUAAACAUCCGGUGGUGUGUGGUCUGGUAGCAGGGUGUUUGCAUUACUUCUUCCUCUCCGUCUUCAGCUGGAUGUUCCUGGAUAGUCUGCAGCUUUUCAUCAUGUCCAGACACCUGACCGUCACAAAUUAUACCCGUACACACAUCAUCAAACGAAGAUAUCUGUACAUUUCCGGUUACGCCGUUCCUGCUGUGAUAGUAAUUAUCUCGGCAGCAAUAUAUCCCAGAGGAUAUGGAACAAAAGAUCACUGUUGGCUGAACCACAAGUUUGGGUUUAACUGGAGUUUCCAGGGCCCGGUCUGUGUCGUGAUUGUGGUCAACACGGUGCUGUUGGUUUGGACACUCUACUUACUGAAACGCCAUUUUGACUCACGCAACAAGGAGGUGUCGAAGCUCAAAGAAACCAAAACCCUGACCCUUAAGGCUGCUGCACGGAUGUUUGUUUUGGGAUGCACUUGGAUCUUUGGAAUAUUUCAAUUCGAUGAGAGCACCAUGGUGUUCUCCCACUUAUUCACUGUCCUCAACAGUCUCCAGGGUCUGUUCAUUUUCCUUAUUUACUGCGUUUUCAAUCGCCGGGUGGUUGAUGAAGUUCAGAAAUGGUUGACCAGUAAGCACAAGACUUUCACCAUUGACUCGACACAGACUGAGAUGAACACAACUGAGACUUAUAAAACAACGCCAUCAGAGGGAAGGUCCAAGACUCAAUGACAAGAUUUGUCUCAGUGGAUUUUCUUUCAUUCAUGCUCGCUCGCUCUCGCUGUGCUUCUGACUUUGAAGGUUGUGGGUUCGAGUCCCAGUUCCGAGCACGGAGGGUUACACUGCUCACACUUCCGGAGUUACUUGGCUUAUCCUGAAGUUGUAAAAAGGCGCUGUUUAAUUUAAAGUCUUUAAGUGUGUGUAUGAAAGUGAGUCUGUAUAGGAAUUGUGGAGAGUUAGUGUUUUUGUGAAGUGUGAUUAGAAAUAUGUUUCAGGAUGUUUGCCAAAUUUCCAAGCUCUGCCCAUCCACACUCUGUUAUCUUGCUUGUUAUUCCUUAUCAGAUAUUUGACUGUGGAGCCAACACAGCUGAGGACUUAUCUGAAGUUACUGUGAGACACCAGAUUUGACUUGACCUUGUCCUAACGUGUUGCAAACACAACUAUGGACUGCUGCAUAUGCACAGCCCAGACGCAUACAGAUCAGGUACACACAUGUACACCAGACACUGACAGAUACCAAAGCCAUGCAGUAGGUCAGUACAGAACUUGGACACCUAUACAAUUUAUGUAGACGCGCGCACACACACACACACACACACACACACACACACACACACACACACACACACACACACACACACACACACACACACACACACACACACACACAUCACUUAGAAUGCUGAGGCCAAUUUUAAGCUGGCUGCAGCUGGCUAAGUCAUUACCAAUGGAACCAAUAUCACACCUUCUUCUCGUCUACCAUUAUACAAUGAAUCAACAUGUAGGACUUGCUUGUUACAUUCAUUUACAAACCAUGUGUACCAAAAACAAAGUUAAAUGAUUUUUUAAAAAUUGCAAUAAAGCUGUUUAUUUACAAAGUUGUGCAUGCUUGAAAAUCACUGUACUGUUGAUCAAAAUUCAUUUAUUAAAAAUAUCUUA